UCUCUCUGACAUCAGACACCUGCUCUGACCUGGUUAACUCCUGCAGACUCAGAGCAUUGUGGGAAAGCUUUGGAGGAUGUGAGGCUCCACUUCUCCCUGGGGUUUCUCCGCUUUCUCUCUUCAUCCCGCUCCCUUUAUAUCUUCUCUUUUCCCUUUCUAAUUCACAAUUUUUUUUCAAUUCUGUCUUUCUUUUUUGAUCUCUCCCUGUCUCCUUUUCCUCCUCUCUACAUCCUUCUUUCCUCUCCUUUUUCCCUCCUGCGUCGGUCACUCUCAUCUACCUCUACCUCCCGCUCACUAUGCUCCAUUUCUCUACGCCCCUCUUUGCCCUACAUUUUCAUCUCUUUCUUCAGUGAUGCUAGUCUCUUCUUUUUCUCAUCCGUCUUGCCAUCUCCUUUAGACAACAUUGUGGAUUUACAGAGCAAAUGACCUUUCUUGGAAAAUAGUUCUUUGAUGUAAUUACAUGGAGUCUUACUUUGGCAACAAGGGCUGUCAGUGCUAUUUUGUAACCUGCGACCUGAGAUUUAUGACUGCAAGAAGCUGCCUUCUUUGAAUUUCACUUCAAGGAUUGAUUAAUUGGAUCAGCAGCUGCACGCAGAAGACCUGAAUUUGAUAUUUUGUGUGGAUUUAUUGGACCGCAGGAUGGCCUAAUGGGUAGAGAAAUCAUCCCCCAACUACAGGCUUGAAUGUCUGUUUUGUGAAGCUUACACUCCGCUGAAGUGUCCUUGAGCAACUGAAUCCUCGCCACCCAUAAGGGCUCAGUCUCCCAGAAGUGAAGCAGCAAAAAAAAAAAAAAAGGACCUGCCUUACAGGGAUCAUCAUCUAUCACAUUGCACAAUGGUAAAGGAAAGAUAUUUUGAUGGGAUAAAGGUCAUGAGAUAAAUCGGGACAGAUUGAUUACUAAAACCUGGACCCCAAGCCACUUCCACAAGUCACAAAGUAAUUUGAUGUUUCAACAAGAUGUAGAGGAGCGAGGUGCAGUCUUGUGAUCGGUUUGGAUUCCUGCACCAGAUUCUGUAUGUGCAGGUUUUUUUUUUUAGUAUAUGCAAAGAGCAAAAGAAGGCCUAACCUUCAGCUCAAGUUUGAUUUGUAUCAUUUCUACAGGCUGGACCAUUGUGAGGAGCUGAGUCAGACCUUUUAUCUCAGUGUUAUUUAAAGGUGAAAACAUUUGGAGCAUCACUAUCAGCUGGACUUGGACCCUGAUGAUAGAUGUCGAGUGGAGCGGCUGCUAGAGCAUAGAUAGUCACGGACUGGUAUUCUCUCCUCCUGUCGGGUUACUUGCUGUGUCACCACAUUUUACAGUACAAAGGAUAUUUGACAUCUUCUGUUUCCUCUUAGUGGGCUCUCUGCUUUACUGGAGUCACUUACAGCCUUGGGACACUGGCUUUGAUUGAUUUUUUUUUUCUGUUGCAUUUCCUGUGGCUGUCUUGUGGCUAAACGUUGCACAAUGGAUAUUAUCAUCCCUGAGACCAAUGACAGUCCAGGUACCAGCACAGCAAAUCCCACUUUCUAAGUUUUUGGAUAUCUUUUCUUGUUCAUCCCCAACUUAUUGAAAUUUACAUACAAGCAAUUUUCCAUAGUUGCAACAAACCAGAUCAGGAGCCAGUCUUAGUCCUUGGCUCUAUGCUGUUUUUGGGGCCCAGCAGUUUUGUCUGGGCCCUGUGGCCAGACCUGGGAUUGCCCACCCUACAGAACAAAUGGAGAACAGCGGCUGCAUCCCUCUCUGCUGGAGCAAGGGGGCUUGCAUCUACGCACAGCACCCCCUACCAAAAUAUGACGGCAAGUUAGCCCCAGCAGGAGCAUUUGAGUCAGGCAUGGCGUCGUCUUCCUACUUGGAGCCCAACCUUAAUCACUCCGCAGCGGGUGGUUGUGGGGUUAAAUCCCGGUCCGGGAUGCCUGGUGGUCCUGGUGUUGGUACCGGGAGCUCUGCUGGAGGCCUUGAGCGGCCCCCAGGCUCCAUGGACCGGGUUCUCAAGAUCUUCCAUUACUUUGAGACAAAUAGUGAACCAUGUACCUGGGCUAGUAAUAUCAGGCAUGGAGAUGCUACAGAUGUCAGGGGUGUUAUCCAGAAGAUAGCAGAGAUCCAUAAACUGCGCUGUGUGUCAUCUCUGGGCCUCCGUCUCACCCAUCUGCACUCUGAUGCUCUCCAUUGGUUACACCCUGAUUUGGGUGUGUCUCACGUCAGAGAGAAAUAUGAGAAACAGCACCCCCAGGAGGAGUGGAGGUAUGAGUUGCGGAUGCGGUACCUUCCUAAAGGUUACCUCAGCCAUUUCUCUGAAGACAAACCCUCUCUCAACUACCUCUAUCACCAGGUAAAGAGUGAUUACAUGCAACAUAUAGCUGAUCAGGUGGAUCAAGAUGUUGCUUUGAAACUGGGCUGUUUGGAAAUUAGGAGGUUCUUCAGAGAGAUGCCAGGCAACGCCCUGGAUAAGAAAUCCAACUACGAACUACUAGAGAAAGAUGUUGGUUUGAGAAGGUUCUUCCCCAAAAGCCUGCUGGACUCUCUCAAGGCAAAGACUCUUCGUAAGCAGAUCCAGCAGACCUUUAAGCAGUUUGCUAACCUCAACGAUGAACAGAGCAUCCACAAGUUCUUUGAGAUACUCUCCCCCAUCUACCGCUUCGACAAGGAGUGCUUCAAAUGUGCUUUAGGGUCUAGUUGGGUAAUAUCAGUAGAGUUAGCUAUCGGACCAGAGGAAGGAAUCAGCUACCUCACAGAUAAGGGCUCAAUGCCUACACACUUAGCUAACUUUAACCAGGUUCAGUCCAUCCAGUACUCUGCUUUGGAAGAGAAGGACAGGAAAGGCAUGCUGCAGCUCAACGUAGCAGGAGCUCCAGAGCCUCUCACAGUCACUACGGCAUCGCUGACUACAGCAGAAAACAUGGCUGACUUGAUUGACGGAUACUGUCGGCUCGUCUCCUCGGCUACUCACUCCUUCAUCGUCAGAGUCCACAAAGAGGGGGACAGAGCUCUGCCUUCUAUACCCAAAGUUUCAAAUCAUGAGAAGCGGAUGGAAAAACGGAUGGACGGAGUACGGACCAGAGCUGUUUGUGUCUCAGGUCACACUAGUGGCGAUGAAACUGACGACUAUGCUGAGAUCAUAGAUGAGGAGGACACCUACACAAUGCCUUCAAAAUACUAUGGACUAGAUCAAGCCCGGGACUAUGAGAUUCAGCGGGAUCGCAUUGAGCUGGGACGCUGCAUAGGUGAGGGUCAGUUUGGCGACGUCCACCAAGGAGUCUACAUCAGCCCGAACCCAGCUCUGUCUGUGGCAGUGAAGACGUGUAAGAACUCAACAUCAGACAGCGUCAGGGAAAAGUUUCUCCAAGAAGCUUUGACCAUGCGUCAGUUUGACCAUCCUCACAUUGUGAAGCUGAUGGGAGUUAUCACAGAAAAUCCAGUCUGGAUCAUCAUGGAGCUCUGCACACUCGGAGAGUUACGGUCGUUUCUCCAGGUGAGGAAGUAUAGUCUAGACCUGGCCACUCUCAUCCUAUACUCCUACCAGCUCAGCACGGCACUGGCCUAUCUGGAGAGCAAACGCUUUGUACACAGGGACAUUGCAGCGCGGAACGUGUUGGUGUCGACAGUCGACUGUGUGAAACUGGGGGACUUUGGUCUGUCGCGAUACAUGGAGGAUAGCUCUUACUACAAAGCAUCGAAAGGUAAACUACCUAUUAAAUGGAUGGCUCCAGAAUCCAUCAACUUCAGACGAUUUACCACAGCCAGUGAUGUCUGGAUGUUUGGCGUCUGUAUGUGGGAGAUCCUUAUGUUCGGCAUCAAGCCUUUCCAGGGUGUGAAGAACAACGACGUCAUUGGGAGGAUAGAGAACGGCGAGCGGCUGGCGAUGCCCCCUCAGUGCCCUCCUACUCUCUACAGCUUGAUGACAAAGUGUUGGUCUUAUGAUCCCAGCAAGAGGCCGCGAUUCAAUGAACUCAAAACACAACUGAGCACUAUCUUAGAGGAGGAGAAGCUCCAGCAGAAGGAGAGGAGCAGGAUGGAGAUGAGGAGGCAGGUCACUGUUUCUUGGGACUCAGGAGGGUCUGAUGAAGCCCCGCCAAAGCCGAGUAGACCAGGCUAUCCCAGUCCUCGCUCAAGUGAUGGUUUUUACCCCAGUCCCCAGCAUCCGGGACACUACCAGAUGGCAGGGUACCCCGGCCCUCACACCCUCCCCUCUGUGCCCAGCGCCCUGUACCCCCCACAGGCAGCAAUGCUGGACACACACCACGCGCACACACACCCCCGCCACCACGUCCACACACACUCGCACAUGCAGCACCUUCCCCAGCCUCAUGGACAGGACAUGGCACUAUGGGGCUCUGCGAUGGAGGACAGGGCAGUAGACAUGCAGCAGUGUGUAGGCCAGCAGUGCCUGUUAAUGGAGGAACAGCUGAUGAUACAACAACAGCAGAUGGAGGAGGAUCAGAGGUGGCUGGAACAGGAGGAAAGGCUGCUGAAACCAGACACUCGAAGUUCUAGAGGGAGUCUGGACAGAGAAGAAGGUGGACUUCAACCACCGACAGGAAACCAGCACAUAUACCAGCCCGUUGGCAAAGCAGAGCAUGCGGCUCCCCCAAAGAAACCUCCUCGGCCCGGGGCUCAGAGCCAAGUGGGCAGUCUGGCCUGUCUAAAUACUGGAGACAGUUACAACGAUGGAGUCAAGCUGCAGCCCCAAGAGAUAAGCCCGCCCCCCACCGCCAAUCUGGACCGCUCUAACGACAAGGUGUACGAGAACGUGACAGGAUUGGUCAAAGCUGUGAUCGAGAUGUCAAGCAAGAUUCAGCCAGCUCCUCCUGAGGAAUAUGUUCCCAUGGUCAAGGAUGUGGGUCUGGCAUUGAGAACGUUACUUGCCACAGUGGAUGAGACAUUACCACAACUUCCAGCCAGUACACACAGAGAGAUCGAAAUGGCACAAAAGCUGUUGAACUCCGACUUGGCAGAGCUGAUCGGGAAGAUGAAGUUAGCCCAGCAGUAUGUGAUGACCAGUCUCCAGCAGGACUAUAAGAAACAGAUGUUGACGGCGGCUCACGCUCUGGCAGUUGAUGCCAAGAACCUGCUGGAUGUCAUCGAUCAGUCCCGGCUCAAGAUGAUGGCCCAGUCCCGCCCACACUAGCCAGCUGAGCCGACCAACAGGAGCAGGUCCGCUAUUUGAAAAACGGCACCGUGGCGGCUUCUGUUGGCAGAGAAGAAUAAAAGACUCCUGGGUUAGUGACGUCAGUCGUGACUCCUGAUAUGUGAGAGCAGAUGGAGGAAACAGUGGCUCUGUUCAUUAGAUGUUGAAUCCUGCGUAAGCCGAGGUAGUAAAUUCAUCUGGGAUUAAACUCUCCACCACUGUGACUUUCUUAAUACAAGAACAGAGCAAAACUCUUCCUGAAUCAGGGACUUGGCAGCUUCACUCUCUUUGGACUGGAUUAUAAUGAUGAGAGGAGGAGAGGAAUAUACUGGUGAUUUUUAAACCGUGAGCCCGGAUGAGCCGGAUUCCUAAGGUCAGAGGUUUCAGAGGCUCAAAAACACCAUCAUGUGAGCGGUUGGGUCUGGAUUUGUUGAUAUCAGAUAGAUUAGUCUUUGUGGAAUCUAACUUUUAAGCAAAGCCAUCAGAACCUGAUCAGACUGCAUUUGAUCUGCAACAUAUCUGCAUGAAACUUCACAGUGGGAAUGGACUUGGACAUCAGCCAGCAGCCAUGUCAGUGCGUUUGUUGACAUCAUGUGUUUUGACCCCUGGAUGUGAGCUUCUUUCUCAGUUGAAAUACCUCCACAUCACUAUGGGUGCUUGUCAAUGGGCAGAUCAAACCAGAUGGUUUCUGUUGAGCUUUGGGCGUGUGCAGUUCUUUGGGUGGAUGCUUCAACAAGAAAACUCAAAGUAAAGACAGUCUCAGUUUGGUGCGGAGAAGCAGCCUCCCACCCUCCAUCGCUCCUCCCUUCUCUGUCCUUCAUCCCUUCCCCGUCUUCCCUCCGUCUCACCAGCUUUUAUUUAUAGACUCAGAAAUUGCAGAGGAGGAGACGGAGGGAGAGACGGGAAGAAUGGAUUAAAACUUAAAGACAGCGCAGCGCCGGUCUACUGCCUGAAGAGAGAAGACACUAUCCUCCUCUUUCCUCCCUAUUUCACUCACUUUUCAUUGUCACUGCUCCUCUCCCCCCUGCAGUCUUCCUCAGCUCCUAUCUGAGCAGGUUUUAAAGACUCCAAAUGUGAAGAAUCCAACUCUGUCUAGGUAAACACGGCAGAUAGGAAACUCCCUAAUCGCACUCAGUUUUGCCUACUCUUUUUUAUCGGCUGGCUCCAUGUUUUUUGUGUUGUGUUCAGCAGUCACAGUCUUCUUCCUCGAUACUGAAAACUGUUUAUAACUUGGAAUACAAGCAGAUAUUCAAUCCCAGCACUGACUCUGAUGAGCAGAAAUGAAAAAAAAGCAGAUGGUGGAUUUUGAUGAUUCAGUCUGAGUGACUGGAUACUUCCUAUUCAUCUACAGGACAUCAUGUCUCAGACUGGUCACUGAGUUUGACUUUAACUAUUUCUGUGAGGACAGCGUCUCCUCUUCUGUUUUUCUCCUCACCUACAGUCCCAGUAUAGUUCAGGUGUUCCUCAUCUAAGAUGGUGUCACGCCUCUAGCAGCCCCUUAGCCACCGGUGUCACAAAGUGAAUUUCCCAGCGAGAUAGGUAAUCCUCACAACUGGAACCUUUGUGCUUUGAGACUCCGUUUUUGUCGGGUGUAACACUUUACAAAUGUCCCUCCUAACAACAGUCUCCAGGGAAACAAACACACACACACACACACACACACACACACACACACACAGACACAAAAUGUGGAGCCACAUGACUGGAACUUGUCUUGCAGGCACAAAACACUGAACUGAAACUUCAGCAGAUCACAUGUGUUUGUUAAUACUGACCCCACACGGAGAAUGACAUACUGCUAUAUGAAAUAUACUGGUGACUGUACUAGUAUAGCAUGAUAUACUGGUAUGGAGAAGAGCAUAUUUGCACAGCAAACAGCAAUUUUUUAACCCUAUUUUACCCAGAUUUGAUUUCCAUGUUUAGCCAGCAAUGAAACUGUCAAAUACCUGGGUGUUAUAGGGAUAAAAAACAUAAAACAAAAAAACAAACAAACAAAAAACAAUCUAUUUUAUCUCCUUGUUGUUGCGUAAAUUUGCUCAUGUUGGUAUAUUGUAAGCUAUACUGGUGUGUAUCACUGGUGAAUUGUACAGAACUCGUACUAGUAAACACUGGUUUUUAUUUUGUCUUCUGGGCUAAAUCAGCCAUCUUGUCAAAUAGGAGGAAAAAAACAAUGAAAUAAAAUAAUGAUGAAAUGGAAA